AUGGCCUGCAUCAUGGACUCACAACUGCAUGGCUACAGCUUUCGAUAUUGCCUCUUACACAGUGUAGAAGGUCCCAACUUACGCUGUUGCCAACUUUCUCCCCAGGUGUCUCCUAAAAAGUCAGUUGCUCUCUUGUCUCAGCAAGCACUGAAUUCCAUUCCACCAACACUGAUUCGGCUCUCACUAAGAAUCCGCUUCGGACUCGUGCGGGGGACUGGAUGGCUCCCCCUGCCCUGCUUCCCGGCACCAUCCCUAGCAGGCCCUCUGCCCACGUCUAGGAAACUGACGGCGACGUCUCCUCCUCUGCUUCCCCCCUUCCCGCACAGCGUGGGUCACCUCGGCCCCGCAGCGUUCCCGACACCACCAAAGGCGCGGGUGAUGCGCGAACCUGGAGGGAUCGGCAGGUCGCGAAAUCCUCCCACCCGUCGGCGCGCUGCCGUGGUGCCCCCUUCCUCCCGCCUAGCCCGCUACAGGGGGUAUGAAACCUUCUACUCGGAAUAUCCCGAAUGUUGCGUGGAUGUAACACCCAUUUCACAAGAGAAGAUUGAAAGUGAGAGAGCCCUCAUCAGCCAGUGUGGAAAACCAGUGCUAAACAUCAGCUACAGGCCAGCUUAUGACCAGGGUGGCCCAGUUGAAAUCCUUCCCUUCCUCUACCUUGGAAGUGCCUACCACGCAUCCAAGUGCGAGUUCCUCGCCAACCUGCACAUCACAGCCCUGCUGAAUGUCUCCCGGCGGACCUCCGAGGCCUGCACAACCCACCUACACUACAAAUGGAUCCCUGUGGAAGACAGCCACACAGCUGACAUUAGCUCUCACUUUCAAGAAGCAAUAGACUUCAUUGACUGUGUCAGGGAAAAGGGAGGCAAGGUCCUGGUCCACUGUGAGGCUGGGAUCUCCCGUUCACCCACCAUCUGCAUGGCUUACCUCAUGAAGACCAAGCAGUUCCGCCUCAAGGAUGCCUUUGAUUACAUCAAACAGAGGAGGAGUAUGAUCUCUCCCAAUUUUGGCUUCAUGGGCCAGCUCCUACAGUAUGAAUCUGAGAUCCUGCCUUCCACACCCACCCCUCAGCCUGCCUCCUGCCAAGGAGAGGCAGCAGGCUCUCCGUUGAUAGGCCAUUUGCAGACACUGAGCCCUGACAUACAGGGUACCUACCGCACAUUCCCUGCCUCCGUGCUGGCACCAGUGUCCACCCACUCAGCAGUCUCAGAGCUCCACAGGAGCCCCGUGGCCACAGCCACAUCCUGUUAAAACUGGGAUGGAGGAGCCCGCCCAGCCCCUAGAGCAACUGUGAUUUUUGUUUUUUAAACUCGUGGACAUUUCAUACCUGUGCAAUACUGAAGACCUCACUCUGUCAUGCUGUCCCGAUGAGAGAGUGAGUCACCAGGCUUGCAAGCGGACUUCAGACCAAACCCGGGAAUAGGUUCUUGGACCGAAGGAAGGCCAAGCCAUUAAGGGAGCACAGCAUGUGCUGACUACUGUACUUCCAGACCCCUUGCCCUCUUGGGACUGCUCAGUCCUUGCACCUCAAAGUUUGCCUUUUUAUUUCAAGCUUAAGGCAAUAAAUACCUGCAGCAACGUGGGAGAAAGAAGUUGCUGGAUCAGGAGAAAAGCCAAUUUACUUUGAAGGAAGCACAAUUUCCACCUUAUUUUUUGAACUUUGGCUGUCUCAGUGUCUGUCUCUGUUGCUUCAAGGCAUAAGCUGAUCACAGUGUAGUCAGGAAAGAAUCCCUGCUGGGCUUUUAGCAACACGAUAUGUAUGCCGAUUUGAGCCUUGAGAUGUUUUUUAGAUUUCCUCUUGAGUCCAAAGGAGGCAGUCGGUUGAGGACAUUGGCUUUUCUGGGUUUCUUUUUCACUGUGGGUUCUUCCCUGACCUUGGACUUUAACAUGAUUCUUACUCAUACUUGAACUUGUUGCACCUCUUCUCAAAGCAACUUUUCGUUUGAAAAGAGUUUUUCAGACCAUAGACCAAAAAAAUCACACCUUCAGGGUGGUGGCAAUAGGUGCCAGGUGGAAAGGGUACCUGCUGUGUAUUUUGGGUCAGUGGCAUUGAAAACAGUCAUUUCCUCAGCUUACUGUCCCUCAGUGUACUUGUGUCUCUUGUGACAGUUGUUUUUCUCCCACCCCUGGAGGUUGUCUUCAAGCUAUUGACUUUGGGAUUUGCAUAUUUUGCAACGUGGUACUACUUUUUUGUCUGUAGAAUAUCUCUCCAGGGGAAGAGGCAAUAAUUUUCUAAAACCCAUGCAAAUGUGAAGAAAAGCGGUAUGUUACUGGUUGUUAUUGUUGUUUUUUUAUGGUGCAAAAUAAAAAUUAUAAAAGGAAAAA